AAGAAGAAUCAAAAAAGCGCUGUCAUAAUUUUGUUGGUCAUCUUAUUCGCCAAACUGUUUGUAAUUCCGUAGUUAAUUCAUACUAAUCACUGCGGCCUUAAUUAGAAAAACACCUAAAAAAUGAACAUGGAACUUGUGCGUGAUGUGCCCAAGGGUGGCUUCAAUUUCGACAACCGCAAGAGAAAUGAAAUGCUGUUUAGUUCGGGCUUCCAGCAGCCCAAGACUGUAAAAACCGGCACAACCAUUGCAGGUAUCACAUUCAAAGAUGGUGUAAUCUUAGGAGCUGAUACCCGUGCUACCGAGGGCCCGAUAGUGUCGGACAAAAACUGUUCAAAAAUUCAUUACCUCGCUAAAAAUAUGUACUGCUGUGGUGCUGGUACCGCUGCCGAUACUGAAAUGACAACCGACUUGAUUGCCUCGCAAUUGGAAAUGCAUCGUCUAAACACUGGCCGCCAAGUGCCUGUCGUAGCAGCAAAUACACUGCUUAAACAAUUUCUUUUCCGCUAUCAGGGUCACAUUAGCGCUGCUUUAGUGCUUGGCGGUGUUGACAAAACAGGCGCAUACAUCUAUUGUAUACAUCCACACGGUUCCACAGACAAAUUGCCCUACGCCACUAUGGGUUCAGGUAGUUUGGCUGCUAUGUCUGUAUUUGAAUCGCGCUGGAAACCCGAUAUGACUGAAGAAGAAGGCAAGUUAUUGGUACGUGAUGCUAUUGCCGCUGGUGUCUUCAAUGACUUGGGUUCCGGUUCGAACAUUGAUUUGUGCGUUAUACGCAAAGAAUCUGUUGAUUACCUACGCAAUUAUGAAUUGGCUAACCUGAAGGGCACACGACAUGGAAACUACAGUUUCAAGCCUGGCACAACUGAACUCGUCGGCACGGAAGAGGUGUUCGAUGUCAUACCCUUCGAAGCUUUCCACAAAAAGUUGUCAUCUAAUGACUUAAGUGAGGCAAUGGAGGUGGUUGCUUAAUAUAUGUAUAUGAGGACGCAUGUGAAAAAUAUACUAAAAUAAUUUAGUUUUUUGAAAAUAAAUAGAUUUUUAAAGAAUUUCGAGUACUUUAAU